CAACCUCUCACUCUCCCUAAUCCACCCAUCUCACUCACUCUCUCACUCACCUUCCCUUCCCUUCGGACAACUUCACAAUGUCCCUUCUACGGCUCGCCUUCAUACGGCAACCCCCACAAACGAUACGAAUCCUCCCCACGAUACGCCAAUGCGCUCUCCGCCCUACCCUCCGGAAAUCUCUUCUUGAGAACCAGCAAUGUAGCCUGAGACGGCCCUUUGCCUCCGCACCACCGCCGCCGACCACCGGCCCCCGGGCCGUCACCACACCACCGAAGCCGCACUCAGCCGGCGCCGGAGGCUCUGCCGGUCCCCGGGCCGGGAACCCACAACUGCCUGAGCGACUACUCAUCUACCACGCCGGCACCGGUCGGACGGCCUUUCUGGCCUUUUGGAAAAUCACCACCGUCUUCUCAUGCGUCUUCUUCUGCUUCGUAGCUGCCCCCAGCUACGUCCGCGCCGAAGACAAGACGCUCACAGAGGCAGCGGGAUUGGCCGCCUGCGGCAUCAUCCCCUUCCUCUUCGUAGCCUACACCUCGGCCCCCUUCGUAACCUACAUCUACCUCCGCCUGCCCCCUUACGCGCGCCAAUCCCGCGCCCUCCUAGAACGCUACGUCCGCACCCUCCCGCCCACGGCCCAGCUCGAGAUCGGCACAAUGGGCCUCGCCACCCGUCCCCGGCUCACGGCCGUCACGGCCGCCGAGCUCCGCCCCGUGGCCGCGGACAGCGGGCCCCUGGCCACGCGCCUCGGCAUCAUCACGCACACCAAGGACGUCUCGGCGCUGAUGGCGAAGCGGAGGUGGUACCACUACCGCCCCGUCGGUCAGUUUGGUAUCAAUAGCGUUGAGGCGGGCGGGAAGACGAGCAGCAGCGGUGGCAGUGGCGGCGGCAAGGGCGCUAGUCAUGGCGUCAAUGAUGGGUGGGUGUGGAAUAUUGUGCGCGAGUCGCUGGGUAAGCGCAAGUGAGGAGGGCGAAAAGGGUUGGCCGGUUUGCCAAGCGCGUCCCACCAUGUAUUCGAGACUCUCGAGUCAAGGAGAAAGAAGUGCCGGUCAGGGAGACGGUAGCAUUGUACGAUUCAAGCAAGACCAAGAGAGGGCGGAAGUUUACGUACGCGCGUUCCGCUAGUCGUGUACGCGCUCGCUGCGUUGUCACAUUAUCUAUGUAAAAAAGGGGUGUAUUCAUGAGGGUGAGGGCGUGGAUGAUCGGAAGCCCACGCGGGAAUUCCGGCAUCCAUCGCGAGCGCGCACGCGGCAAAGCAUCACGUUCGAUAUGGAUGCCGAGAGACAAACGACAUAGAUGUGUAUACUAUCAAACAACAAAAAAAGUGGC